GGUUCGUCUACCAACUACCGGUUUGAGAUGGGGGACUCCGACGCCCGAAAAUCCGCUACGAUUUCUGAGCUCAUCCAUAUGUGUGAUGUGCCUGCCUCCAAUAUUACCGCGAUCAAAGAAGCAGCGAGAAAUGCACCAAUUCAUAAUGAACAUCCAGGUUAUAAUUGUCAAGACUACAUUCUUGAACUUCUGGAUGAUUUGGAAAAAGAAGGAAUUAUUGAUGAAACAGACCCAGACUACCAGAUGAAGAAGGAACUUGUUACAGCGAAGCAGGAGGGAAGGGCAUAAGUGAUAGAAAUGCUUAGCUUUCUAUCAGGCAACUCAUGUGAGCCGCGUUAGGUAUGUAUCUUUAGUCGGGCGUGAAAGCUUUGAAGGAACUGGCUAGGCUGUUGCUAUACAAGAGAUACUGUCUUGGUGUAUCUUAAAUCAGUCUAGUAUAACUAGGGGCUGGUUGAGCCUAUAUAUCAAUUAUAUAGACUACUAUCUAGAGCUUGCUUGAAAUGUCAAAUAGAAUCGAAGCCAUUCUACUGGGAU